UCGAAUGUACGCAUGACACGCGAACCCCCCACAACAUGGACGUAAACUUUGAUGUGACACAACAAGGCAGGGAGUAUGAGCUGGUGUAAAUGCGACUUUUGGAUGGCAGGGAUGACUUAUUCUGUCUAAAGCUGAAAUCCCGCUCCUUUCCAUCCACCUGUAGACGGACUACACGACGAGUUGAUCCGCCAUGGGGACGCAGUGGUCCCGUGGCGGCGGCAGCAGCCUGUCACUCAUCCCGGAGAGACAUGGCUCUGGGCGGCAGGGAGAGGACAGAGAUUCUGAUAAUGAGUCACUGGAUGGGCUCGGCAGACGGGAGGACAUAGCCCAGUUCCCAUACGUGGAGUUCACCGGCAGGGACAGCAUUACGUGUCCAACAUGCCAAGGCACUGGACGGAUACCCUCAGAUCAAGUGAAUGAACUGGUUGCACUGAUCCCAUACAGCGACCAGAGGCUGCAGCCCCAAAGAACGAAGCUCUAUGUGGUCCUGUCAGUUGUCGUGUGUCUCCUGGCUUCUUCGCUCGCGGCCUUCUUCCUCUUCCCUCGCUCUGUGGUUGUGGUGGAUGAUGGGAUACACUCUGUGAGGGUGCGUUUCGACCACUCCAACAUGAGGGUCUUAAUGAACAUGACGAGCACUCUGAACCUCACCAACCCAAACUUCUUCUCGGUGCUGGUGCAGAGCGUGAGCUGCCAGGUCCUCUACAUGAAGACGGUGAUCGGGACUCAGCAGCUGGACUAUUCCACCAACAUCCUGCCGCUCAGUCAGAGUCAGGUCAACUACACGGUCAGCGUGGAGAUUGGUAGCAGUGCACCCUACGUCUAUGCCUUCUGUACCAUGCCCAGCAUUAAGGUCCACAACAUUGUUGUAUAUAUGCAAACCUCGGUGAAAACCUCAUACAUGGUGCGAACCUCCCAGAACAGCCUGGAGGCCUAUCGCUACAUAGACUGUGGUUCCAACAGCACAUACCACCGGACAGCCAUGCAGCAGCAGCAGCAGCAGCACGUCUCCUCUGCCCACUCACCAGCAGCCACAUCACUCAGCUCCCCUCUGCUGUGAGUGGGAAGAGAUUGGGGGGGGGGGGGAAGGAGGGGGG